AAAUACCCUGUAUUGCCAUAUCUAGUUUUAGUAUUGAAACAGUUCCUGUUGCAGAGGGACCUUAAUGAAGUAUUUACAGGUGGAAUUGGUUCUUACAGUCUUUUUUUAAUGGCUGUCAGUUUCCUUCAGCUGCAUCCCAGGGAAGAUGCCUGUAUGCCCAAUGCCAACUAUGGUGUUCUUUUAAUAGAGUUUUUUGAAUUAUAUGGACGUCACUUCAAUUAUCUGAAGACUGGAAUCCGAAUAAAGGAUGGUGGCUCGUAUGUUGCCAAGGAUGAAGUGCAAAAAAGCAUGCUGGAUGGCUACAGACCAUCAAUGCUGUACAUCGAAGAUCCGUUACAGCCAGGUAAUGAUGUCGGGAGGAGUUCAUAUGGUGCCAUGCAAGUGAAACAGGCUUUUGAUUAUGCCUAUGUUGUUUUGAGCCAUGCGGUUUCCCCAAUAGCUAAAUAUUAUCCUAACAACGAAACAGAAAGUAUAUUAGGUAGAAUAAUUAGAGUAACGCAGGAAGUGGCCACGUACAGAGACUGGAUAUCAAAGCAGUGGGGGAUGCAGAGCAGGACGGAGUCUUCGUGUAACGGUAACGGAGUAACCUUGAUAGUAGAUACGCAGCAGCUAGACAAAUGCAACAAUAAUCUUGCUGAAGAGAAUGAAGCACUGGGAAAACCUAGAAAUAAAACUUCAGAAACACUUAGUAAACAUUCUUCAAAUUCUUCGUCAGGUCCUUUAUCAUCAUCAUCCUCUACACUGUCCAGCUCUAGUGAUGUAGAUUCUGAUGGAACACCUUGCAAAACCUCUAAACAACUGAGUUGUCGUCAGUCUACCACGAACAGAGUGGGGUCACAAGAAGCGUCACUGGAAUCCUCCCAGUCAAGUGGGAAAACACAAAGUAGCCAAACAGCCAAUACAUCCAGCAACACGAACAAAUCGCAGCACGGAUCUGCACGGCUGUUUCGCUCUUCUAACAAAGGCUUCCAAGGUCCAACAAACUCCAGCCACGGUACCUCAGUCACAAACAAACAGCAUCAAGGCAGCAAAUCCCACCACCAGUUUUUCCACGGCAAAAAGAGGAAACACAAGAGGGAUGCGGCCCUCUCAGACCUUUGUAGAUAGUUGCCUAUCUUAUGACUGUUCUUCUGUGUGCAAUGAUCUCAUGCGACAGGAUGGUUUGAUAGUGACUCCUUGGAUCUCUUCCGGAGCGUCAGACUGUUCAGACAUUGAUUAGCAACUGCAUUUUUUUUUCCCAGCUCGCCACGGAACGGAUCAUGAAGAUUGAUCACUGCAAAAAAAAAAAA